AUGAAGCUUUUGGUUUUUACUUUGAUUGUAAAAGUUGUUGGUUACUGUAAGUUUUUAUCUUUUGGGUACAACAUUUUUACACAUAUUCCUCUCUUUCCCUUCUUCCUCAACUUAUAUUAAUAAUUGAAACCAAAAAAUUCAAAUUUUUAUUAGGUCCAUUAACCAUUAAACUCCCAAAAAUGUCAAAAUGUGAUAAAAACGUUUAAAAACCAUUUAUAAUCAUUCCUUGGCCUUUUUAUUACCUAUCAAAAACUAAAACUUCGGAAGUAAAUCAAGUAUAAAAAAGUAAUCAAAUACAAAUUUUAGACGCAUUUACAAUCCCCCUGCCGUUUGGCGGUAUCAACAUUGACAAGAAUGCUCAAGGAGAAACUUCCGUAGAUACUUUUUCAAAUUUAAACUUUUUUGGUUAUGGUGCUAACACUGGUUUUAAAGUGAAGGGCGGAGACAGUGGACUGACUCUUGAACGUAAGUUUGAUAUCGAUUUUCUAAAGAAUUUGUAAGUUUAUACAAAUUAUAAUGUUUUUAGUUAAUUUAUAUUUUCUACAACAAAAAAUUUUUAAAAAGUUUCAGCUAGAAAUGAAAUCUUAGUAAAAAACAAAAACUACGGUGUCAAUUCUACAUUCGGCUUUGAAAAAGAAAAAGGAAUUGCUGUAGACAGUGACGUUAGUGCUGGUGACAACACUUUUCAUGUAAGUUUAAAUUUACUGUAUCUAUAUACCUUUUGACUUUCGGCAAAUAUUAUUUAAAAAUCAACCCAAAUUAUUAAAAAAAAUUAUCUCCUUUAUGCCUCUUCACCAGCGCUUCUCUAGUGAUGUAAAAAUUUUAAGUUAUCUUACCGUUGUAAAUUUCUAGAUAUUAUUAAUACUUCUAUAAAUAAUUUAUAAGUUUACAAUUGAUGUAAGCUUUUUAUAGAUAGUAAACAAUUGGAAUAUUAUAGUUUAUCAAACGCAUUUAGCAUUUAUUCAGGCACAGCUUGUGUCAGCCUUUUUUAAGCUUUUUACGCUUCAAAAAACCUCUAGCCUUUAUUAUUACUUCAUCAAUUAUAAUGAAUAUUUAUUUACUUUGUCACCUACGCACGGUAGACACAGGCUGUUUUCAAAAAUUUUAAAAUUUUAGGGCUAUACACGGCUGUGGAUUUAAAAGUUCUUGAAAAAUGAAAGCUUUUCAUAAUAAAAAAUAACAUUUAGUAUUUUAGGGCGGUCUAGGCAAAGAGGGUCAAUUUAUCAACGAGAUUGGUCAAGCUACACAACAACAAGCUGCUGAAAGAAAAGCAUUGCCAGAAUCUGUUGGAAAGCUCGGAUAA